AGCGACGGAGCAGGUAAGCUGAUCAAUCAUGAGUACUGCCAGACCAUUCAGGAUUUGGAGUUAUGACAGGAGUGUGAAGAAGGGAAUCAUUGCUUCCUCCUUGAAUGACCUUGUUCAGAAAGGUAGGGCGAAGGUGGGUAUCUCACCUGAGGAGUCUGUGCGGGUAGUACUAGAGGAAGAUGGUACAGAGAUUGAUGAUGAUGAUUACUUCCUGUUCCUCCCACAUAACACAACACUGAUGCUCCUUACCAGGGAUCAACGCUGGGCAGUGGAAGGCAAAGAGGGUCGAUCAGGACAAGAUGAGCCAGAUUUUAUGUCCAGUAAUGAGGGACAACAAAUAUCUGAAAGGACAAGGGAGCUGAUCACUGGUCUUCAAAGGGACAUAACUCGUCUUAUAGCCUUCUCCAAUGAUGACUUACAGGGUGUCAUUGACCUCAGCGUCCCAGCUUUAGCCAGUCUUCUCCAUGACACAGAAAGUUUCGCGGAGGCAGUACAGGAGGCGUGCCAGCGCCACCUAGAUGAGAGAAUGCAGACAUCUGAGGCAAUGGACCUGCUGCGGUUAUAUCACACGUCCAGACAAAACAGUAAUCUCAUUAUCGGGGAGGAAUCCUCGUCAAAGCGACAAAAAUCUGCAAACACUUGAUCAGAUGAUCAGAGCUAGAAUUAUAUAGUGCCUUCUUAAUUUAAAAGUGCAAUUUCUUUGUGUUUUUGUUUGUGUGUUUAGAACUGUAAUACAAUGUAUUCCAUUUUAACUGUGGAACAGUUGUCAUAUUCGUAUGAUUCACAAUAAGUAUCUAUUAUGUAUUAUAACAAGCAUUCUUAGGCAGCAUUCAUGAUCACCCUAUAUGUAGUCACUAUUGUGAUUGUAAGAAUGUCAGGGGGAUAUUAUAUACGCUUACUUAUGACCGGUGUGGUAACACUCUUGGUCAACUGUAGUUUGUGUGUUUAUUUGCUGGGUUUAUUGCUCCGUGAACAGCAGGGGUCAUUUUAAGGCGUGGUCUCUUUGUAGUAGUUGGUGACAACCUCACUGAACAACAUGCAGCCCAGAGAAAGAAGAGUAAAGUGUCUUGCCAGUGGACACAACCACUACAGCACAAAGUGGCCUGUAUCUCUUCUUACCGAGUAACACAAACUGACAUGGGUAGGGACCGUCAAACCAUGCACCUUGAAUCUUCACUCGAGAUAAUGUGGCUCGCGCUCUAACUGACUGAGCUAUCGUGUGAUGGAGGAGCACUCAUGUUCAACUUUGUGGCAGCACUCGUUAUCACCUGUGACAGCACUCGUUAUCACCUGUGACAACACUUGCUAUCACCUGUGACAACACUUGUGAUCACCUGUGACAACACUUGCUAUCACCUGUGACAACACUUGCUAUCACCUGUGACAACACUCGCGAUCACCUGUGACAACACUUGUGAUCACCUGUGACAACACUCGCGAUCACCUGUGACAACACUUGUGAUCACCUGUGACAACACUCGUUAUCACCUGUGACAACACUCGUGAUCACCUGUGACAACACUCGUUAUCACCUGUGACAACACUCGUUAUCACCUGUGACAACACUCGUUAUCACCUGUGACAACACUCGCGAUCACCUGUGACAACACUCGCGAUCACCUGUGACAACACUCGUUAUCACCUGUGACAACACUUGUUAUCACCUGUGACAACACUCGUUAUCACCUGUGACAACAUUUGUGAUCACCUGACAACACUCGCGAUCACCUGUGACAACACUCGCGAUCACCUGUGACAACACUCGUUAUCACCUGUGACAACACUUGUUAUCACCUGUGACAACACUCAUGAUCACCUGUGACAACACUUGUUAUCACCUGUGACAACACUCAUGAUCACCUGUGACAACAUUUGUGAUCACCUGUGACGGCACUCGUUAUCACCUGUGACAACACUCGCGAUCACCUGUGACAACACUCGUGAUCACCUGUGACGGCACUCGCGAUCACCUGUGACAACACUCAUGAUCACCUGUGACAACACUCGUUAUCACCUGUGACAACACUCGUUAUCACCUGUGACGACACUCGUGAUCACCUGUGACAACACUCGUUAUCACCUGUGACAACACUCGUUAUCACCUGUGACAACACUCGUUAUCACCUGUGACAGCACUCGUUAUCACCUGUGACAACACUCACGAUCACCUGUGACAGCACUCGUUAUCACCUGUGACAGCACUUGUUAUCACCUGUGACAGCACUCCUGAUCACCUGUGACAUCACUCUCGAUCACCUGUGACAGCACUCGAGAUCACCUGUGACAACACUCACGAUCACCUGUGACAACACUCGUUAUCACCUGUGACAACACUCGUUAUCACCUGUGACAACACUCGUUAUCACCUGUGACAACACUCGUUAUCACUUGUGACAACACGUUAUCACCUGUGACAACACUCGCGAUCCUCUGUGACAACACUUAUCACCUGUGACAACACUCGUGAUCACCUGUGACAACACUCACGAUCACCUGUGACAACACUCGUUAUCACCUGUGACAACACUCGCGAUCACCUGUGACAGCACUCACGAUCACCUGUGACAGCACUCGUUAUCACCUGUGACAGCACUCGUUAUCACCUGUGACAACACUCGUGAUCACCUGUGACAGCACUCGUUAUCACCUGUGUCAACACUCGCGAUCACCUGUGACAACACUCGUUAUCACCUGUGACAGCACUCGUGAUCACCUGUGACAGCACUCGUGAUCACCUGUGACAACACUCGCGAUCACCUGUGACAGCACUCGUGAUCACCUGUGACAACACUCGCAAUCACCUGUGACAGCACUCGUGAUCACCUGUGACAGCACUCAUUAUCACCUGUGACAACACUCGUGAUCACCUGUGACAGCACUCACGAUCACCUGUGACAACACUCGUUAUCACCUGUGACAACACUCAUUAUCACCUGUGACAGCACUCGUGAUCACCUGUGACAACACUCGUGAUCACCUGUGACAGCACUCACGAUCACCUUUGACAACACUCAUUAUCAACUGUGACAACACUCGCGAUCACCUGUGACAGCACUCGUGAUCACCUGUGACAACACUCGCGAUCACCUGUGACAGCACUCGUGAUCAUCUGUGACAACACUCGCAAUCACCUGUGACAGCACUCGUGAUCACCUGUGACAGCACUCAUUAUCACCUGUGACAACACUCGUGAUCACCUGUGACAGCACUCACGAUCACCUGUGACAACACUCGUUAUCACCUGUGACAACACUCAUUAUCACCUGUGACAGCACUCGUGAUCACCUGUGACAACACUCGUGAUCACCUGUGACAGCACUCACGAUCACCUUUGACAACACUCAUUAUCAACUGUGACAGCACUCGUGAUCACCUGUGACAACACUCGCGAUCACCUGUGACAGCACUCGUUAUCACCUGUGACAACACUCGUGAUCACCUGUGACAGCAAUCCUUUCACACUGCUGUGAUAUGAAGAAAUACAUUCCUGAUGAUGGUUUCAUAAUAUUUCUGUUUGUUAUGUAUCAGUUUUUUUUUUUGUGAAAACUAUUUUCUAGGUUUUCUCAAGAGUUUUAGAAUAAGUGAAAUGAACAAUGACUGAAUGAAUGUAACUGAUGGUACAGACUUUUGGAUAUAACAGAUUUUACUUCAAAUAAGAUCACUUUAGAAGAUAUAUCAAAGAUAUCUGAAAAACAAUACAGAAAAUAUCUUUUGUACAGGAAUCUCAUAUCAGCUGUUUGUGGAACUAAGAAAUAUACAAUAAGGAAUUAUCUGCUGUGGGCUUAACAGAAAAAUGCAUUUACAGUAGGACUCCAUGUUUAUCAUACAGGGACCAGCAAUACAAUAAAACACAUUUCUCUUGUGCCUAACAUCAGCACUCAUGCAUGAUGUCACAAACUUCUUUAUUUCUGGAUGCCUCCCAUGGGAUAUGUAUUUUAAUGGGGUAGCCCUAAGAGUUAUUUUUAGAAUUAUAAUUACAUUCCAUUGAGUACAUGCUAACCCGAUAGUUUUUCUGUACAGACAAUUUUGACAGUUUGUUUUCUGUACAGACAAUUUUGACAGUUUGUUUUCUGUACAGACAAUUUUGACAGUUUGUGUGUAUCACAGUCGUUCUGAUGUACCUGUGUUGUGCCAUAUUCAUUUGUAACCUACAUGUAUAACAUUGCAUAUUUUUAAAAUGUCGUGUCAUAUCUACAUAUCAAUUUCAAAGAUGAUUAGAUAUAUUUAUGCAAAUAAAUUGUUGAUUUACUAGUAGCAGAAAUGAAAUUCAAGAAAUCUAUUGUGAUGUUAGCUUGAAUGUAGUUAUUACAGAAAUAUCAACAUGGAAGCCUCCUGUUCGGUCGAUGUAUUUUUUUGGAAUAGCAUACUAAAAACUUAAUGUGACUGUAAGACCUAUUCAGGGAUAAACUGUUUUAUGCUAACUCCGUCUGUCCUUUUGUAUGUCCGUCACUGCAAUAUAUAGUCUUUAAGGGACCGUGGAACCAAAUGAUUUCCUAUAGAAGAUAGUGUUAACGUUUACCACUGUCCUGCUUUAAUGGAGUUUUCAACUCUGGUCCACUAAUUAAUAAUUUUGAAGAAUGACAUCUCACACCUGUAAAUUAAAUAUUUAAAAAUUCUACUAAUUUGAACUUUUUCUAUAUGGGGGCCACCAUCUUGUAUUGAAAUCAGCACCAAAAGUUCACCUAAAUUUACAACAAAUUACACACUUAAUGAACUCCCCCAGACAAAAACAGACUGGAACAAAAUUUUAUUUUAUUUUAUAUAUUUUACAUCUACAUAUAUUGCCCAGCCCACACAUAAAAUUUUGGAAAUUUAUCUCACCUGGAUACCCAAUCAGUAGGCCCCGACACAUUCACCUUCCUAUUAAAUCUUCUGCCCAAACGGGGAAAACCCACAAUCUAUUUUUUAUUUGGUUCUGUGGUCCCUUAAGGACAUUUUUUUAGGUCAGAUGCAACUUUCAUCAGUUUUGAGAAUUCUUUGGUAAUUUGUUGUCUUUGUUUUUAGUGUAUCUGUCCUUCCUAUUCUAGGCUUUUAUAUUUUAUAAUAAAUCACCAGACAAAAGA